AUGAAUCGAACUAUUCGAUUAAAUUAAAGAGUUCCAUAUUCUCUUAAUUAAUCUAUGACAAAUGGAUUACCAGUGCUUAAUUAAGAUAAUACAAAUUUUUGCACAUCUUAAUUUUAUAGGAGAAGAAUAUCACAAAAAUAUUAAGACUCUCCAAGCAAUGAAAUUUUAACAGGAAGAGUUUAAUUACCAUUUUAAAAAGAUGUAGAAUAAUUGAAAGAAGAAAUUAUGUCAUUAAAAAAGGAGAAUCAAAAACUCAAACAUUUAAACUAAUAAUUAUGCUUUUAGAUAAAACUUGAUGAGGUAAUCAAUUAUUUAUUUAUAAUAGAAAGAGUAAUUUGAGAAACGAACCACUUAAGAGUUAUCUGAUGAUUAAAUAACUUCGAAUCAAAACUAAAGACUUGCAGAGAAAUUAAAAUAAGCUCGUUUGUUAAUACAAGAGAAAUAGAUUGAAAUUGAUAAUCUCAAAAAAAGUACACGUUAUAUGCGACUUUAAGAAAUGGAAGUAUUGUGCUUAUUGAUAUUCAAAGAACGAAUUAUGUACAACUAAAUUAAAGUUUGAGUUUUUAAACAAGUAAUUCAACGAAAUUUUAAAGACUGAAAGUGAUGUGAAUAAAUUUUAAAAGUUAACAGUUCAAACAAUUGAAUUAGAAGAAUAAUUGAGAUAAUUUUAAAAUUCACACUAAAAACAAAAGAAAAAGAUAUUAAAUUUAAGAUAAGAGUUAUUGACAUGUUAAGCAAUGAAAGACAAAUAUAAAAAGUAAUAUGAAUAAGCAUAAACAGAUUUUGAAAAAUUUAAGAAAGAUCAUGAAUAAGAAAUAUAAAAGAAAAAUAAAUAUAAAGAAACUAUAGAGAAUCUUAAUUAAUAAUUAAGUGAUAAAUAAGGAAAAAUAUAAUCAUUAGAAAAUGAUUUAAAUAAGUAGAAAAUGCUUGUUUCUUAGAAAUAACGUUAAUUUAAAGAAUUAGAAGAUUAAUAUUAAACAAAAAAAUCAUGGCUUACAAAUAAAAGAGAAGCUCCUUCAAUAUUUUAAGAAAUAUUAGAUGAAAAAGUAAAUAAAAAUAAUAUAAUAAUAACAGAUGAUGAUGAAAUGAUUUCAUCUGUUAAAGUAGGAUCAGAUUCUAAAAUUGUAUUUGAUGAUGAUAUAAAAGAGAAAUCUUAAAUUAUACCAAAUCGUAUAAGUAUAGAAUCUGCUAAAGAAGAAUAAAAACCUUAAUAAAUUAUAAAUUCUAUUUAAGAAACUGAAUAGAUAAAAUAAAAACUUCCAAGAGUUAAUUUUUGUGAUGUUGAAAAUAUUGGAAAAUUCUUAAAAUAUUAAUUAUUAUAAGAAAAGAUUCCUAUUGAAGAUAUUCAUUCAUUUUUUAAUUAAAAAUAGGAAAUUACAAUUAUAGAAUUAGUGGAUAUAUUAUCAGCAUAUCCAUUUAAUAUUUAAGAUAAUAAAUAAGCAUUAUUAUUAGCUCGUUAUUUAAUUGAGGAUAAUUCAUAAUAAUUUGUUGAUUAUAGACCUUAAUAAUUGAAUGAUGUAUGUAUCAUAAAAAGUGUAUUAAAGAAUGUAAUAGGAAAAUAUAUAAUAAUGAGUGAAGAAUAAUAAUAAAAUAUAAUGUUAUCAAUUGCUUAAUAGGUAUGGAAAUUUAGAUAGUUAAUUGUUGAAUAAAUUAAAAUGAAUUUACAAAAAAAAACAAACUCUUAGUUUUGUGAAUUUUGUGAUGAAAAUGAUUUUAAAAGUGCUUUAUAAAGUAGUAAUAUUGUAUUAGAUGAUAAAUAAAAGGAAUUUUUGGGAUAAUUUAUUUUCAAAGAAUUUAAUGGAAAUAAACUAUUUGAUUAUAAAGGUCUGAUUGAUAAAUUUGGAUUUACCCUUUAGUCUAAUUCACCAUCAAAAGUUGACAUUUAAUAGCCUCAUUGA